CAUUUUUUAUAAGAUAUAGUUAAAUUUAGAAAUAAAAAACGUUUGUAUUUUAUGUUGAUCAUAAAAGUUCAGUUAAAUUUGAUUUCAAUUUUAAUUUGAGAGACUGUUUUAAUAAUUUUUAGAUUUGAAUCUUUUGUAUGUUUUAAAUAAUUUAAAUUUUAACUUAUUCAAUGUUUUAUGAACGAUCUGUUUCUAGAAAAGUUUAUUUUAUUCUUUAUCUUUUUAAAUAAAUGUGUAAUCUCAAUAGAGGUUGAUUUGAACAAUCAACCCAAUCAACAAUCUUCUCUAGUGAUUCAUGAUACUGAUGGGCCAUUGCUUAUUACCUCAUUUAUAUUCAAUCCUCAACCACCAGCAACUCUUAUUAGAGAAGGUGAUGUUGUGAUUUGGACUGCCACGUUAAUUGCUGAAAGAGCAGUAUUUAUUGAAUUAUAUGAAAUUUACGAAGAAAAAAUUUUGAUAUUUAUCAAUUCACAACAUUUUCUUGGUAAUAACUUUUAUUAUUAUGAAAAGGUUGAGCAAGAAUGGAUUCAAAGAACAGAAGAACAGUAUCGUUUAUUGGUCAAUUGCACUCUUACUGACCGUUUGUUAUAUUUAGAUAGAGAAAUGGACCAUGAAACUUUUAGCAUAUCUGAUGAAGAUGUAUAUGAUGACAUAUCAACACUAUUUAUUCCAAAGGACAGGUACAAUCUCGUUGGAAUAUAUGACGGUGAUCAAACUAUCUGGGAAUCGAGUGGUCUUAUGGAUAAAUGUGGUUUCGUAAAAGCUAGAGGAUUUCAAGGAGAAUAUAGUUUAAUUUAUUGUAACAUACUGAAUGAAUACACAAUAGAAGAACGAUUUUAUCAUAAAAAUGAAGGGAUGUGGGAAGGUGUUUCAAAAAAUCGAUAUUAUGAAUUGUUAAAUGAAAUAAUAUUACAAGAGCAGCAGGAAGAAGAAUCUGGUGAUUAGUAAACGAAGUGAUCUUAGUUUAUUUAUCCUGAGUGUUAUGAGAAAUAAUAUAAAUUUUGGUUACAAAUAAUUUUUUAU